AUGUAUAUACUUGGUCCUGAUUGCAGUGCAAUAAAGCUUCGCGACUUCUUCACGUCGAUUGCUCUUGCUUGUGGGCGAUCGCCAAAGGUUCGCAGUCGCAACUCAAAUGUAAACACUGAUGGCACGCUUUCUAUUACAAGCGAAUUCAUUUUCCAGUACAUAGGCGUGUAGUGUAUCAGGUAGUGUAUCGCAAGGGCAACUAUCCCGCGUGGAGAGGAAGCACGGUUUGAGGCUGCGCUUAUAAGCUGUUCCUCGCUCUCGCGCCCUGGAAAGAAGCUUACGUAUAGAACGAGCGAUGGCGCCGCCCAACGAUUCCGCCUGUUGAAUCGCGCGCACAGGAUUGUGCGCUUUGUUCCAAGGCAUACGUAGGUAGUUGGGGGGCGCUUCUCAAUUCUUUAUAAAGGUUUACCCAAGAGAUGCAAAGUGCUGCGGAAAGUGUGAUAGAUGCCGAUGAAUUUGAGCAGCCACCGAGCGUCGCCUAGCAACUCUAGUCGCUCUUUAAUUUGACUCAAAUAAGCAAACCUUUACUUUCAGUUGAUGUUAUAAUCUUUGCCGCAGCCAUAUGCUACAAGCCUGAGGUGCAACGCGCCGAACAAUAAGCUAGCAUACGAACGGCCGGACGCAGAAAGAUUUAAGGAUUUCAAGGAUCGCAGAAGCAGGCACCGCCGGAACAGGCGGCAGGUGCCACAUCGAGCAAGUAAGUAAGGAGCUCUCCACAACCAGGCGCCAAGAGCCAAGUGCAAGCAGGGCCCCUGUGCAAUGGCUUGCGGGUAUUGCAGGCGUACUGGGCACAGUAUUCUCACCUGCCAAACCAAACGCUUAGAUGCUGAGGCAGCAGAGCGGGAGCGGCGGGCCAGCAGGGCUGCGAAGGCCGCGGAGGCGACUAGGGCUGCGGAAGCGGCCAGGGCUGCUGCGGAGGCGGCCAGGGCUGCGGAGGUCGCCAGGGCUGCGGAGGCGGCCAGAGCUGCUGAGGCGGCCGCCAGCAGCUUUCGCUACGCCAACAUCAACCCACUGUUCACUGAGGAUGACGGCACGGCAUACAGCGGCACUGAUACUGAAGAUCGCAACAUCGUGGCUUCCCUAACGGCACGGACUGUGGACCGCCUGAAAGGGAUUGCGGCUAGCCAAAGCACGGCGCAGCUCGCCAAGCUGCUUGCGACAAUCAACUCGGUACUGGACCUGGUGUCCUUUGACAACUCACCCGCUGCCAGUGCAACUACUGGCAGCCGCAUUGAAUUGACACCACUACUGUCGUACAAGGCUCGCCAGCAGAUGGACUCAAUUGCCACACCUGCUGCCAUCACGGACCGGCCGGCGGUCCACUACUCAUCAAGACUUGGCAGCAGUGCGCAGCCCAGGCGCGAGCUCUUCCCCGAGAUUGAGGUUGCAGAGAGCAGUGUGGAUGAGGGCGAGGAUGAGGAUGAGGGCGAGGAGCAGGAGCAGGAGCAGCAGGAGGCAGACAUGCAGCGGCUGGCGCUCAUCCGCAGCUGUACGGUGCCUACAGCAGAUAACCGGUCUGUCAUCAUCAAGCUGCUGAAACCGGUGGCAGAUUCAUCCGGCAACAUGCUCACGGACGAAACGUUGUGUCAGGGCCUCGUCAUCUACGACACUGUGAUGUCAACGGAGGAGUGUGGCAUCGUCGCGAGCAAGCUGCCAGCAGUGACGAAAACGAAGCGCGAGGCCGUCUCUGAUGGCCGGGCAAAACAGGUUGUGCUGGACUGCACCAAACGCAUUCGCGACCUGGUUAAGUAUGCGUAUAACAACAAGUACAACUUCAAGAAGGCAUUGAGUCGUCAUCAACCCCUCUCAGCACCAGGGAAACUGCACCAAGAUGGGCCACAGGAUGAGCACACGUACGACCUGCGGGUCUGUGUGAGGGUGCCACGCGACGGCAGACCAAGCCAUGUCCACCUGGAGGCACUUGAUAACAGUGCACGCCACUCCUUCAUCAUUCAGGCUGGCCAGGCCUACUCACUGACCAACAAUCUAGGCCUCAAGAGCUUCAACAGCCCAUGGAAGCACGGCAACCUCCAGUACCACGGCAUGACAUUGAUAGUCGACUUCAUGCUGCGGGCAGGCUGAAUCAAUGACAUGUGCCUGUGACAACCCAAUGGCGGUUGUUGGGUCACUUGUAGUGUGCAGCCCCCGUGCGUAGCUAGCGCACCCAAAACAUGGGAAUACCCAGGGUGGCUAGCAGGCCCAAGGAUCUGCAAGGAUCGAACAGGGAUGCCUGGAGUGUGGGUGCGUGUGAGGACGGACCGCGCACUGACAGGGGACCUAUUGAGACUGUCUCCCCAUGUGUGUUACUUAGCUCCGAUACCUUUGUGUGCCCCGAUACCUUUGUGUGUUGCUGCUAUGCGCUGUCGUUGUAUAUGUGUGUCCUAACUAAAUCGAGAUGCAGAACUAUGCGUAAUUGAUUGCGUUUAAUGGUUUGCUGUCAGGCGCCGGCGGAACUAUGCUGCACACGUGGCAGGGAAGAGAGAGCGGUGGCACGGAACAAGGGCAGCUGAUGAGGGGGAAGCGGCAAGCCGGGGUACUGCAUAACGGCUUGAGAACUUGGAGGAUUUAUGCAGCACUGCAGAAUACGGGGGAUGAAUGAUGGGGGGCCAGGUAGAGGUUACACAGAAAGAGAUGGCGGGGCAGGGGGGUACACGCCGUUGUCUAUGGCGUGUAAAUAGUUGGCCAGGGUGCACAAUGGGCCAGAGAGGUGACACGGGCGGGGGCGCUGCUGGCAAGGCGCGCGCGCGUGUGGGGUGAGUGGUGAGCCAAUGAGCCAAGCAUACAUGGAGAGGCCGCAGUAGACCAA